GUCCCCGAAGGGUGAAAAUUUUUUUCGGUUUUUCGGUAUUCCGUUGAGAGUUCUGGUGGCCCGCCAAAGAGUUCUAUCGAUUAUCCUUAUUACUCUAAACGGUAAAAUUGACGGAAAAAAAGUUUUAUCGUUUUAAAUUUUCACAAUCGUGAAGUUGGCCCCCCGGAUUUUCUAUUUGUUACAAGUGACUUGCGUGCGGUUCUAUCGCUUAGAAUCAUAAAGAUUAUCGUAUGUCUUGUGAGAAUCUAUACAGAGCCGUUAACGGAAUGCCGAAAAACUUCAUGAAAAUUUUUUCUCAGUUUGUUUAAUUUUGGCGGGAAAAUUUUUUUUUGAAUUUUCGUGUUUUCUUAUGAGUUCUGAUAGCCCGCCGAAUAGUUCUAUCGAUUAUUCUUAUGAUCCUAAGCGAUAAAGUUGACGGUAAAAAAAUUAUAGCCUUUUCAAUUUACUCAAUCGUGAAGUUGGCCCGCCGUACUUUCAUUUCGUGUUUUCAUCACUUUAAUGAACGGAACUAUUUUUAUUAUUGAUAGAGAACUCUAGAACUCUUUGGCGGGCAAUCAGAACUCUAUUCAUUUUUUUCAAAUUUUGAAAAAGUGGGGCCAACUUCACACACGUGCGGAACUCUUCCCGCGCCGAUUUCGGAGUCGCCAAACUAUUUCGCGGUUGCCGGUCUCUCAGGUUCGGGUCGUCGCGGAGCCUGGUCCGCGAGACCCAUCGGAGACGUGCAUCGUCCCGUACGUGGACCGGUCCAUGCCUGUUGAACAUUCGUGGUUUCUUUGCGGCGAAACGUUCAGCAACUUGCCGUCGCCUCGACCUCGGGUGUGCUGCGCUCGCGACGCUCGACGAGACGUUCGUCGCUCCAGCCUCCCUUCCGUCCGCGGUGCGAUCCAACACGGCCGUGCGCGCUGAGGAUCCCGCUGGAGAGCUCCGUCGCGAUUUUCCUUGCAACGCAACAAGGGUGCUGGCUCGCCCUCAUCCUCAAGCACGUCGACGCUCCGCUCGUGACUCGACUUCAUGCACCUUCAGCUCCUCUCUCCGAUCUCCACGCGCUCGGCCUCAUUCGUCGGUUUCGAGAUUUGGAUCCGGGUUGGACUCAGGGGGCAACGCGGUUCGACCGAGAGGUUCGCAUCUCCUCGCGUUCGUGCGUGCUCCACAUCGGAGCGCUCGGCGCUCGCGGCCGUCGGACGCGAGAGCCGACGGCACGCGCUUCGGCAUCACUGUGAGACUCGUUGUACUUGUGAAUUUUACACAUUGUAAACCGUGAUCCUGCUCGCGUUCGCAUGUUUGAGUCUGAGGCCUCGCGAAGCAAGAUUUCCGGCGAGCUCUUCAAGAUCUCCGUCGCGUGAGUAUCAACCUGAUAUUCGUCAAGAUUUCCGUCGCGCUACGAACGGCCUCUUGCUCCAGACUCGCCCAAGAUUUCCGUUCUUCGCUCGUCACAGGAUCCGGUUAUAACGGUGAACUCUCUGUGCUUAAUAAAUAUAUGUAGUUCUGUAUCACGACUGAAGCUUAUUCUCCAUCCCGCUUUCACUCCCACGCACGACGCCGGUGCCUCUCUCGAGGCAGUUCCCGGCGCUUUUCGUGUCGGCUCUCGGCUAAACGCGGUCGAGCCCGAUACAGAGCAAGAUGAAAACGCAAACUACAUAUAUUGUCAUAUGUGGAAAUAUUCAAGAUUUUACUGAAGUACUCAUUGGCGAAGUUCUGAAACGUCCUGCAUUGUACAAUAUUAAAUCAUCAAUCCAAAGUAGGAGUCGAGUGAUCGUUAAUCAAUUGUGGCAAGAGAUUUUUGAAGUCUUUGAAGGCCAGAUACCAGUCGAAGAAUUAAAAAGACGCUAGAAAAUUCAACGUGAUCGAUACAUGAAAAUCCGAAGCGAUAUGAAAAAAAAAAACACCUAGUGGAUCACCUGCGGCAGCCAGAAAACAACUGAACUAUAAAUAUUAUGAAUUAAUGUCAUUUUUAGAUGAUAGUAUGGAACAGCGAAAACAUGUAUCGAAUAUAUGUUUUAAUAAAAAAUCACAGCCGCUUACUUCAUCAUCAAAUUAUAAUGCUUCAUUAUCGAAAACUUCUCACGUUGACAGUCCGCUUUCAUCAUGUACUCAGGUUAAACCUUCUUUUACAUCUUCUACUUGAGUUUUCGCCAUUCACUAUGUCUUCCCAGUCUUCGUCUUCUCCAUUGACAAGUUAUCCCGAAAGUCACAAUUUCAGCAAUCCACCAAAACGCUUUCGGCAAUCCACUACUGUCGAAGACGAAAUAUUGCGUGGGUUGUCUGCUUUCAAACCAAUAACACCUGCAGCAACAGAUUCGGUAGAUUUAUUCUGUCGCAGCAUUGUAGAUACUUUACGGGAGCUAGAUCUCAAAAGCAGACUAUCAAUGCAAAUACAAAUAAUGCAGCUACUCCAUGAUAAGUUUUAAAAGACUCAGAAAGAUAUUAUUGUUAUAAUAAUAUUAAGAAA